AUGCGGUUUGAAAGCAGCGAGGCGGAGCGCGGCUUCCGCCAGCACUUCCAUACACAGCGCAUUGCCCAGGACCGAGCCUUUGCCAUCACACAGGCCGCCAUCGCGAUAGUUCUGGCGCUGCGCACCCCCGCUGGCGUCUCCCCUGCCAUCUCCCUGCUGUUCUGCGGCACCCACGCCAUCUCCCUGGCAGUGCUGGUCUUCUCUGCAGCCAAGCGGUGCACCUACGUCGCCCUGCGGCCCUACCUGCUGGCAGCGGCCCGGGCAUUCAGCGACCUGCUCUGCCCGCAGCUGGUCUGGCACCUGGCUGCGCACGCCGGCGGCACGGCGCAGGGCGCUCACGACACGUGGCCAGCCUUCUGCCUCCUGUGGGUCACCUGGUCCCGCUGGGGCGCCCAGCUGCUGACGCAGCUGGGAUACCUGCUGCCCUUCUAUCUGGAGGCUCUGCUGACUCCCUUUGGCACGCUGCUCAACAUGCUCAACAACAGGAGGCUGUGCAGCGGCGACGGCAGCGGCGAACUGGGCGCUGGGCCUGCCGAUGCUCCCUGCCCGUGGAACAUCUGCACCGCUGCCGCCGCCGCGGGCGGCGCCGGGGCCGCCACUGGCCAUGCCUCGAUUGCCCAGCAGGCAGCUGAUGACGUGGCGACCUGCUACUGCGAGACGGUGUUUGGGCUGUCGCAGCUGCUGCUGUCGCUGGUUCUGCCGCUGGCGCUGGCGGGGUAUGCCGAGGCGCGGCAGCGCCGGCAGUACGCCGCCGCCUCGCAGGCCGCGGAGCGGCACCGCUACCCGCCGCGCAGCCGGCGGCGGAGCGCCGUGGAGGCGGCGGGCUGGGGCGUGUCGUACGACGGCCUGCGCCUGCUGGGCCUGGUGGCCCUCAUCCAGUUCCGCAUCUUCCUGAGCCUGCGCUUCAGCAUCUGGCAGCAGCACACGUGGGCCGGGGCAGACGUGCUGCCUGCACCCGCAGAUGACGGCGCGGCGCCGGCGGCGUUGCACCAGGAGCUCUGA